GGGACAUGUGAAAUGCAGGUGGGCAGGCAUGGGAUGCCAAGCCUUUUCCACAAUUAUUAUCACCCUUUCACCAUUUAAAACUGCACUCAUGCAUCUCAUUUAUCAACAACAUAUACAUAUUUGUGUCAAUUUCAAUUGGAGUUGGAGAUUGAUCUAAGUUUAAGUAAUUACUUCUUUCUCAGUUUACAGGAUAACAAAGGGGGAAAAAAUGGACAAUAGCAAUGAUCAGAAUCUGCAGGGCAACAAGAUUCCACCUCUGCCGAGGGACCCGCGCGGCUCCCUCGAGGUCUUUAACCCGUCGUCGGCCUACUCCUCCUUCCGGCCGCCGCCUCCGGCGGCGUCAUGGCGGAGCUGGGGCGGCAGCCGCCCGGAUGACGACCAGGAAAGGCAGCUCUCGUCGAAGUCCGGGAGGAUGGACUCUGACGAGGGAAUACCCGUAACCACCUCGUGGAUGGCUCUCAAGGAGCCGUCGCCGGAGACAAUUCCGGGAUCAUCGCCGCCGGCGUCGGGCGGCCGGCAAGGCACGAAGGGGGAGAUAGGGGCGGCUGCCCAACGGGCAGCCGAGUGGGGUUUGGUGCUGAAGACCAACGAGGAGACCGGAAAGCCGCUGGGGGUUAAGGUGAGGACCUCCGGCGAUGAGGUCGGCAAGCCGGUGGGUUCGAGGCGGGAUUCCGGCAACUCUGUACGGAGCUCAGGGGACAUGUCUGAUGAUAGCACAGGAAAUAAAGAGAAGGGUUUUCCAAGAGUAUCAGAGGAUUUGAAGGAUGCUUUGUCUACUUUCCAGCAAACGUUUGUGGUGUCGGAUGCUACCAAACCCGACUACCCGAUUAUGUAUGCAAGUGCUGGAUUUUUCAAAAUGACUGGCUACACUUCUAAAGAGGUCAUUGGUAGGAAUUGCCGAUUUUUACAAGGAAAGGACACGGAUCCAAAUGAUGUGGCGAAGAUUAGGGAGGCUUUACAAUAUGGUUUCACGUAUUGCGGAAGGUUGCUUAAUUACAAGAAAGACGGCACGCCCUUUUGGAAUCUUCUCACCAUUGCACCCAUUAAGGAUGAAACGGGAAAAGUUCUCAAGUACAUUGGAAUGCAAGUGGAAGUAAGCAAGCACACAGAGGGAAUCAAAGAGAAAAUGACCCGACCCAACGGAUUACCCGAAUCUUUGAUUCGCUACGAUGCACGACAAAAGGAAAUAGCUUCAAACACAGUGACAGAGCUGGUGGAGGCGGUGAAGAAGCCGAGCCGCGGCCGGGCACUCAGCGAGUCCACCAAUCCCCGCCCCAUCCUCAGAAAAUCCGGCGACUAUGAAAUCUUCGACGGCCAAAAUCGGCGCAGCUCCGAGAACCCCCCGCCUCCCCAGCGGCGCCACGCACACGCCGGAACAAGAGCCACCAUGCACAAAAUCGACGAACUCCCUCCAAAGCCCCAGAGAAAACCCGCUCGCCGCUCUUUCAUGGCGAUUCUGAAGAAGGGGCGGCGAGGAAGUACGACUCUAGAGGCGGAGCAGGAGGAGCGAAAUUUCGAUGAUGAUGUUGACGAUGAAGAGAAUGAGAACGGUGGUUAUUCGUCGGAAAGUGGUGACGACUGCGGAAGGCCGGACAGCGUGGAUGAUAAAGUGAGGAAAAAGGAAAUGAGAAAGGGUAUUGAUUUGGCCACCACUCUUGAGCGUAUUGAGAAGAAUUUCGUCAUUACUGAUCCAAGGCUACCAGACAAUCCUAUUAUAUUUGCUUCAGAUAGUUUCUUGGAGUUGACAGAGUACAGCCGAGAAGAGAUAUUGGGAAGGAAUUGUAGAUUUCUCCAGGGUCCUGAAACUGAUCCAGCUACUGUUAAGAAAAUACGACAUGCCAUUGAUACUCAAACGGAGGUCACCGUCCAGCUCAUCAACUACACAAAAAGCGGCAAAAAGUUUUGGAAUUUGUUCCAUUUGCAGCCUAUGCGUGAUCAAAAGGGAGAAGUGCAAUAUUUUAUUGGGGUGCAAUUAGAUGGAAGUCAACAUGUUGAGCCACUUCAUAACUGCAUCCCUGAGGCCACAGCAACAGAGAGUGCAAAACUGGUGAAAACAACUGCUGAAAAUGUUGACGAAGCCGUGAGAGAGCUUCCUGAUGCCAAUACGGAACUCAUGAUUCGGUUCAACCUGCAGAAACCAGAGGACUUGUGGAAAAACCAUUCAAAAGUUGUGCACCCAAAGCCCCACAGAAGGAACAGCCCUUCCUGGGAUGCUAUUCGAAAGAUUCUAGAUGGUGGAGAAGAGAUUGGCCUAAAACAUUUCAAGCCAAUAAAACCGUUGGGAUCUGGUGAUACUGGGAGUGUGCAUCUAGUAGAACUAUGUGGGACUGGGCAAUUGUUUGCCAUGAAAGCAAUGGACAAGGGUAUGAUGCUCAAUCGAAACAAGGUGCACAGAGCUUGUGCAGAAAGAGAAAUCCUAGACAUGUUGGACCAUCCUUUUCUUCCUGCAUUGUACGCUUCAUUUCAGACCAAAAGCCAUAUCUGUUUGAUUACUGAUUACUGCCCUGGUGGAGAGCUCUUUCUUCUUCUUGAUAAGCAGCCAACAAAAGUUCUGAAAGAAGACGCUGUCAAAUUCUAUGCAGCUGAAGUAAUAGUGGCUCUGGAGUAUCUUCACUGUCAAGGUAUAAUCUACAGGGAUUUAAAGCCAGAAAAUGUUCUUCUCCUAGACGAUGGACAUAUCUCCUUGACAGACUUUGAUUUGUCUUGCUUGACAUCUUGCAAGCCGCAGCUUUUAAUUCCGGAGAUAAAUGAAAAGAAAAGGAACCAAAAAGGUCAGAAAGGUCAGCAGACGCCAGUCUUUAUGGCAGAACCAAUGAGAGCUUCAAAUUCUUUUGUUGGUACAGAAGAAUACAUAGCUCCGGAAAUCAUUACUGGGGCAGGUCAUACUAGUGCAGUGGACUGGUGGGCUCUUGGGAUUCUGUUAUAUGAAAUGCUUUAUGGAUAUACGCCAUUCAGGGGAAAGACAAGGCAGAAGACCUUUGCCAAUGUUCUUCACAAGGAUUUAAAAUUCCCAAGGAACAAAGAGGUGAGCCUCCAAUCAAAGCAGUUAAUUUAUCGAUUGCUACAUAGAGAUCCCAAAAACAGACUUGGGUCACGAGAAGGAGCGAAUGAAGUUAAGCAGCAUCCGUUCUUCCGUGGUAUCAAUUGGGCUCUUGUUCGUUGCAUGAACCCUCCUACGCUUGAUGCUCCCCUUUUCAAGGAGAAGGAAAAUGACGUUGAUCCAGGCCUUGACGACUUGCAAAAGAACGUUUUCUGAAAGGGGCCCAAGGGCAGGACUUCAUAAGUUUUGGGCCUCUGGCGCUCUAGCUGAUUUAUUAUACCUUUUAUGAUCGACGUUUAGGCCCAAUAUGUUCCUGAUGAAGUUAGGCCCUUCACAUUGUUUUGCUUGCUGAAGUCUUUCAGAGUGUUUGUCUUAUUUUUUAUUUGUUAUAUUUAAAAGGUUGUGGGAUAGUUUGGUUAUUUCCAAGGCAUCUCAAUCCCCAUGUAAUUUGAAGUGAACUCGUUCGGUUCAGGUUUGUUUUUCUUGUAAAAACCGUGCAAGUAAUGAUUUUGUCUGUUCUGGGAGUCUUGUAAUGUUCAUGUACAUUAUAAAGCACCCUUGUCAUUUCUUUUCAACUUUAUCAUUGCCCCCCUUGUUGAGUUCCACUAAUCCGUUGUUACUGAUUCAUUCAAAUUUGAGUGAAUUAACUCAAAGUGAUUUUUUUUGAGUUAACUACGGUUAAUUUAGAAAAAGUGGUGUAGUUAGUUGUUAGUGGGAUUUUGAGUUUAUA